UUCUUCCGGCGUCAAAGGUCACGUCGUCAGCGAUAAGAGCUUCGAGAAGAGGAGCCAAGAAAAAUCGACCGAGCUCAACUAAAAAGCCAUUAAAAAACAUGUCCCACACCAUCCUGCUGGUGCAGCCCACCAAGAGGCCAGAGGGAAGGACAUACGCCGAUUAUGAGUCUGUGAACGAGUGUAUGGAAGGUGUGUGUAAGAUGUACGAGGAACAUUUAAAGAGAAUGAAUCCCAACAGUCCGUCCAUAACGUACGACAUCAGCCAGCUGUUUGACUUCAUCGAUGACCUGGCUGACCUCAGCUGUUUGGUGUAUCGCGCCGACACACAGACGUACCAGCCAUACAACAAGGACUGGAUCAAAGAGAAGAUCUACGUGCUGCUUCGCCGUCAGGCCCAGCAGGCAGCAAAGUGAAGCCUCUGAGGAGGGGGGGGGGGGGGGGGAUCAAUAUCAUUUUUCUUAUCUUUAACUUGUGUUCGAACCAUUUUGAUUAAGCUGUUUUGAGAAGUUUUUGACAAAGUUUUUAACGUUUUUUUUUCUCAUGGGGGGAGGUGUGUUUUGUAUUGUAAUGUUUGACUUAUUAAUAAACAUUUCCUUUCAAUAAUA